AUGAAUUUUGAUAUUGGUACCCUUAAUAACAUGAUUCGUGAGAAUCUUAAGGCAAAGUAUUAUCCCGCAAAUUGGAAUAAGGAUAAAAACGAAAUACUAGAACAACAGUUGGAGGAACAAGUGAAACAGUUAAUUACAAGCAACUCAGUUAAUCGCCCAAGUUCAGCAAGCACCAUCAGCGAGCCGAAGCAGACGAAAGAGAAUUACAAUGAUGAAACAAGAGGAGAACCAAGAUUAUUUAAUAGCUCAGCCCGAUGGCACCUUAAUUAUAUUCAAACUCCAAAGACCGAAAAAAAUAAGGGAGAUUGUGCUAAUUGUCAUAUUUUGUCCCGAGAAAUUAAGGACAUUAGGCAAGAGUUAGUUGAAUUAAAAGCUCGUGUAAGACAAUUAGAAAUAAGUUUAGAAGUAAACGUGGACGAUUUUGGCCGAGUUAUUGAAAAAGAGCGAGAAGGACAACCAGAGCCCGAGAAGCAGCUGAAUAUAACCGAAAGAAGUAUGCCGACGCUAAGGAUAUUAUAA